AUGGUCGGGGUGUCUCGGCGGGGCACUGGGAUUGCCUAUUGGGCUAUCGGUGCGUCAGCGGUGUCGUUCGUGGGCACGUUUGGGCUGGCGCCGAUCUUCAAGAGCAGCUUCAAGGAGGAUGCGGACUGGCAGACCGUGUACCGCGACCUUGUGGCGAGCGGCGGCGUGCCCAGCGUCUCCCCUGCGGCCGCCUACGGCAAGCGCAAGAGCGCUGUUCUGGUGGACGUCCGCCUUGGCAUGAAGUACGACGCCCUCCACCCAGAGGGCGCGAUCUCCGUGCCCCUCUACAUUCCGAUCCAGGGCUGGAGCCCAGCGGCCAUCAUCCGCCGCCUGGGGUUCGGGUUCUUCGGGAUCUACGGGACCCAGCUUAACACAGAGUUUACGCAGCAGGCGGCCGAGGCCAUCCCCAAGGGCAGGGAGGUCAUCCUGCUGUGUGAGAACGGGGGCAGCCUGGAGAACAAGUCAGGCACCAUGUACGGCUUCCAGUCACGAUCCCUCAAGGCCGCCUACUUCCUGCGCAAGGCCGGUUACUCAAAGAUCUCCUACGUCAAGGGCGGCAUCGCCCAGUGGGGCUCCGACGGCCUCCCCCUGUCCGACGGCGCCCAGGAGGAGGAGGACGGCGACAGCGGCAGCGGGAAGCAGUGGGGGCUGCCCGAGCUCGGGUUCGCGCGGCGGCGGUGA